GUGAGCCCUAUGUUGAAAUGUUGUGAAAACAAUGAAAUAUUUAAUAACUGAACUGGAAUCAAUCGAGAAUGCUAUUCAAAAAAUGUUUGAGUGAGCCCUAUGUUGAAAUGGUGAAAAAAAAAUGAAAUAUUCAAUAACUGAACUGAAAUCAAUAAGCAUCAUGGAAGCCUAUUCAAAAUAUGUUUGAGUGAGUUGACAUGGAGGAGAUUUUUUUCAGCUUCUAGCAGGUGUUUUCACCAUCCCAUGCAGAGUUCUAGACGAGAUUUUUUUUUUUCGUCUUCUAACACAUGUACAAGGAUGCUAUUCGAAAAAUGAUUUAGUGACAGUUUUUUGUGAUAGGAGAGAGAAUACUCACAAAUCUGAAUGUUGCCGAUAAUGAUGUGGGAGCAUGUGUUGUAGGAGAGAAAUUUGAAUUUUUUUCGCCUUGUAGCACGCUUCGCUCUUGCUUGCACGAGCCUGGAACAGAGAGAGAAACGUAUGGUAUAUAAACAGAAGUGAUGAGAGGAGAAUUAUCAUUUACAUCUGAGUCUACUUUGAGUAAUGAUGAGUUCUCCAUCAACAUCUUCUCCAUCAUACAUCCUGCCGGAUAGCCCACCAGCACAGCAGCGCGUGCUCAACUAUUGGCAGCGCAAAGCUGCCAUCGCUGCUGAGUUGUCCGCUGCUGCUGCUGCUGCUGCACCUGCUCCACUCAACGUGGAACCACCAUCACCAGGCGGCGAGAUCGUGGUCGGGGACAGCCCUAUUCAAUGCUUGGCUCCAGCUGCUACCUGGGCACCACGGCAAGCGGUGCUAACUACUCUACCAAACAACAGGCAGAAGCAGGGGAAGCGGAAGUUGAUGUUUGAGGAGGAGGAGGCUGAAGUUAGCGGGGAUGAAAAGAAGGCAAUCUUCUCACAAACAAAGAAACAAGCUGGAAUGGACGAGAACUAAUCCAUGGUGCCGCUGAUGAAGGAGCUGCGGCAAGGGGAGGAGGAGGAUGAGAUGGAGUUCGUAACAAUUGUAAAUGCACCAAUGCCCAAACCGUGGAUCCCGCUGAGGGAGUUAAAGGAGCACACUCCCUACCCCAUAGUUGGCGCGAGGGAACAGACAAAUAUUCACGGAUGACGAGUAAUUUUAAAAAUUACCAAUGUAGGAAACAAAUCUAUGAGUGAGGUGUAUUUACCACAAAGAUUUGCUUCCUGCAUUAGCUCAGAGAAAAUACACCAAUUUAACCUCAAGUGUAAAAAUUUUGUGAUGCUGGUAACACAUAGGUCGGCAAAUUGGUCUGAUAUAAAAAUUGUUAAGCAAUAACAAUUUUUAUAUCUAU